CGUAACGGCACUUUCUGCAAGUCAGUCGCACAUAGCUUUUGCUGCUGCAUCACAUCCGGAGGUUCCUUUGAACUUGUUUCAUCUCUAUAUUAAGAUUGGCGAGUGCCAGCAAUUACAGCAAAAUAAAACGAUGGAAGAGAAAAACGACGAAGAAAAGAAGUUGCCAAAGAAAAAACCUUACGUCGCUUUCCUGAUCGACCGGCCAUUUAAAGCUACUGAAACUCAGGAAGAAGAAAAGACCUUAAAUCUAAUGAAACGUUUGCGCUGUCGCCUCAACUUGGGAUUCCAUUCGAAAGGAAUCGGACAGAAGAGCGAAGACGACGACGCUGAAUUAGAAGCUCUGAUCGCGUUAAGCCUAGGUUCAUCAUCUUCACGAUCUUUGCUAACCUCAGGAACCAAGGAAAGUCCUCGUACCAACAAGAAAAGCUUGUACGAUACCUUGUUGAAGCUCGUGGAUGAAUUCGAUGCAGCCGGCGUGGCUGAGAUUUUCCGACUGUUGCUGGAACGAAGAUCUGCCAUUCCGUUGUUCGUGCCCGAUUCAAAAACGCAUUUCUUGAACCUGAUGAGACACGUCACCUUGCCUGGAAUCGACAACAUCCGUUUGGGCGAAGACAAGUCGUUGAUGCGCGUUGCCGUCGUCUCUUGCCGUCAGAGAAAUCAGAGCCAAGCGAGUGAGAUCCUGAAGAGCCUCUUCAACAUCGACAGUGUCUAUUGUCAUGAUUUCUCCACUGGCAGUGUCUCUUCCAAGUCCUUGUUAGCCGAGAUCGGGUCUGGCUGCGUUGUGAUCGGAGAAUCCGGCCCUGAAAAGGUGAAAAACGUUAUUGUCACUCACAUAAUCGGGGACUUUAAACCACUUUGGCCAUUUUUGCAACAUUUCGCCGACUACUUACUGAUUGAAGACUCUUCUGUGGAAAAGGAAAGUUUUUGCCUUUCCUGGCUUACGUCUGGCGAACAAACUUUUCAUCAUAGAUCGAGUGCGUUUCCAUUCAUCUGCGUUUGGAAACCGUCGGUAGAUGAGACGCGCUAUGAAAUCAAAGAGGUUAAUGGAUCAGUUCAGUUAUGCAUAGACGGCCAGUUAGCAGGCAAAACUAUCGGCAUCUUAAAAUCGAGCGUCGUUACAGUUAUCAACAAAAUUAAUGCGGCAGAUCAAUCCCAAGUUGAGUCUCAAGAACGUCUGAGGUUAUUCCAAAUUCCUUUUCUGAUGGAUGAAGGAUACAGAGCGUUGGAUUGUGUCUCUCCAACAGAGAUUGAGUCACGAAUGACAACAUCUGUUCAGAACUUGAGAGACGUGAAGACCAAGGAAUUUCUCCUCCAGAAAAACUACAUGGAGCAGGCGAAGCACGAAGAAACUAAGAUGGAGCACCGCCUAAACGAAGGAAAGGUGCGCGAGGAAGAUGCAAAAAUAAAGAAAUGUCGGGAAGUGCGUCGAGCCGAAAGCCAUCGCGUUCAACAACAUCCGUUACUGCAACUAUUCCUCAGUUUUCUUUCGGAAGAAGAUCCUGGAUUGCGUGUUCUGUCAAUUCGUUUGUUAGAAAAGGAAUUGGCCGGACGUUGCGAACGGACGCUGGGACCUGAACUGCUAGAGAUCCGCAAGUUGAAUUCUUCUUACGUUGAUAAAUUAGCAACUGCAUCUGGGACGAAAGACCUGGACGUGACCAGAGAGAAUCUUUAUUCGGCCAAAGUCAAACUGCUGAAUGGGGUACUCAAUGUAGAACAUUUGUGGAGGGAGUUGAGUCAUUUAUGUACUGACAUGGAACCCAAAAGACGUUCAUCAAUUGUUGAGAAAAUUCCUCGUCUCGCUGCUCAACAUUUACUGGACGGCUUCUGUCUGGAGCUGCUCGACGGGGAUUCCAAUAUGAUACACCUCGAAUGGAUUACCGAAGUUUUACGAGAACUUGGAGUACUGACCGGAAAAAUGAAACGCAUUUUCGUUUUGUCCGUCAUCGGAGUGCAGAGUAGCGGUAAAUCAACUUUGCUGAACACCAUGUUUGGCAUCCAAAUGAGGACCAGCGUCGGACAGUGCACCCGAGGAGUCAACAUGCAGCUGGUGCCUGUUGAAGGCCGUGCGGAGUACGACUACAUUUUGUUGCUGGACACGGAAGGCACAAGAGCUCCGGAAUAUCACGGUAUGCCCGACAGUGACAAGCGGGACAACCAUAUGGCCACUCUCAGUAUUUUACUUGCGGACGCCACAAUCGUCAUUACACCGGGAGAGAAUGACGCAGCGAUUAAAGAAAUUUUGCCGGUUGUUUUGAUGGCCUAUCAGGGAUCCAAAUUGGCCGAGGACAAUGGCGGUCGACUUAGCUCCAAGGUAUUUUUCGUUUACAACAGAAUCGACACCAGUCAGAAGAACAAGUUGAGCAGCAUCAUCCAGUCACUUGGGACAUCACUUCACGAAGCUUUUAGCCAAGUUCAGAACUUAGCCGGAGACUCCGCAUUACUGAAAUCAGAAGCGAGACCUUUUGGAAAUCUUGACGUUUCAAACCCAAACUCAUCUGAGAGUGACGUUUGUAUUCUAGGAAAUGUGAAGAAAGAAUACGAACCACCGGGUGACAUACCGGAUUCUGCCUAUGGUGAAACUCUUGUGAAAUUUUGGGAACACAUCCAUCGACGGGUGACCAGUGCCCAGCAGGAAGGAACAGCUUGGAAAAGUAGGUCUAUUGAAGAAUUUUCGAAUUACAUUACGGAAGUGUGGAAGUGCAUUUGCUCAGCCAAUUUCACUUUGAAUUUCGCCUCGGUGGUGGAGCGCAUCACAUUCGAUAAAUUGGAUUUCGAAUACAAGAAAGUGGAACAAGAGUUAGUAGAAGCCUACCUUGAAUCCUUUGCAGGUCUCAAGAGGAAAAUGAUAGAAGAAAAAGGUGAAAUUAUUAGCUCCGGUUCCACGGCCUUGAUGGAUGUUGUUAGCAAUGAAAAUCUCUUUUCAAAAUUCGAAGCCAAGUUACGCGAAGAAAUUUUUCCUGCUGAACAAAACUUAGACAACAAAAUGAAAGAGAUGGUUAUGAAAAGAGGACGAGAGAAGUGGAGUCUGCAGUUUCAAAAGCUGUGGGAAAUGAACAAGAAAGACCAAGUUCGUAACUGGGCAUAUAAGUUGAAAACCAGUUUCAUUUUGCUUUUUAACUACGAGCAUCACGUGGAAAAUUACAAGAAGAAAAUGCGCAAAGAAAUUCAUGAUUUCUUCAAGUCAUACUCGACCAUCAUUAAUUUUGAGUGGGCAGAUAUGGACAAGAAUGAGAAGUUUGAAGAAUUGUACAACAACAUGUUGGCUGAAGUUCAGCAGCAAUUUCCUUCCAACGAUAUCCCAGCGGAAGUCGUUAAAGUCUAUCAGAACAGCAACGUCAUCAAGAAUAGAAUGAUUGACAUGAAGCUAUCUGAAGAUGACUCAUCCUUUUUGUCGAAAUUGAUGCAGGAACGCCAUCACGUUUACUCAAGCGCAAAUCAGAAUAAAAAUAUUAAUGUCUUUGAUAAAUGUCUCAAUUCUGUGGAUGCAACUAUCAACCAGAUUGCUGCAAGUCAACAGUACUAUGAUGACAGCAUCAUUUCUAAUUUUAUCUAUGAUGUCGAUGCAGCCAUUACUUCCCAUUCUGUUUCUACAUACUCUGAAGUUCGAAAAAUUCACAUCUACGGUCAAUACGUCAUUAUCACAUUGAUGGAGAUUAUCGGAAGAGAGUGGGAGGCAGAAAAUUCGGUGCUCGCUAAACUCAAACGCAACAAAGAGGCCAUGCGUGAGUACUUUAUGAUGGUGUCACAGGGCGCCGAAAAAAUCAAAUUGUUUUUGGCCACCUUGGCAAACGCCUUGAAAAGCAUCCUCAUGCUGGCAUUUGAAACAGAAAUGAUCCAGAAAGUGUUCAAUAUAAUUCGCGAUCAACGGUGGCUGUUUGACGCCAGAUUCAUGAACAAGCACAUAGAUCUCCAAUUGAUCGAGUUGCUGGAGGAGAAUCAAAUUGACAAAGUUCUCGAGUGCUUAAAAAAUUCGCAAAGCUUUUAUGCAGAUGUGUUACACCGGCUAAUUGCUCAAAAUGUUUCUAACGUCGAAGAGGAAUGGCAAAACUUCACUUCUCAUCUGAAACUAUGCAUCACAAAUGCAGCCCUAGCAUUGACGGAAGUCGGGAGUGGUAAAGCCCAGAAUUUCGUCAACCAACUGCGAACUGAAUUUUUAAAAGGUGGCCUGCAGAGUGAACUUUUAGCCUCAGCGUUUUUAAUCAAUUUAAGUGGCGAAUACGAGGACUGUGAAAAUGAAGACGAUAGCGAAUUUCAAGAUGCCUGCAUGAACGAUAUGAUUCGAGUGCUCGAUUAUCAAGAACCCCCAAAAAAUCAGGAAAAAUUCGCAAAAGAACUGAGCCCUAAAGUCGUUCAAUAUAUGAAACUUCGGAACGAUCCCGUUGUCCUACCGCGUUGUGAUGCUUACUGUCGCCUGUGUAGUAGUUUGUGCAUCGAGGCGGCUAAUCACGACACCAGUCUCACACCGCACGACGCUAUUCACCAACCGGCAGGCAUAGCUGGAUUCACAAACGUAAACGAUUCGACUUUAGUUUCGAAAACGUGCAGUGAUUGUUACCAAAAUAAUUGGAGGUUUCGAGUAUCCGAUAUCAGUCAAUGGCAUGACUAUUCAGAUUACGCUAAAGUCUUUCCGGGAUGGAAAAAUCCUCGAACCAACGAAGAAUCACCACUCCGUGAAUACAUUUUCGCUACGUACAACGAAGAAAUCGCUAAAAAAUACGAGAAGACGCCCUGUGCUAAUGUCCCUGCCAAAUAUUUCCGGGAUUUGUCUACCAUCCGGGAACAGUUGAAAAGGGACAUGGGUGAAAUUUAAAAGCACUGCAAAAUAAUUCUUUUUGCCACUAUUUCAUGUUGUUUUGCAACAAAGAGGUACCAGACGUGUGAUAACAGGUCCCUCUGGAUCAUAAAUUUCCUAGUUGCACUUUGUUUUUAUUAGAGAUUCAAGUUAGAAAACCAUUCCAGUGUUGUUUCUCCAAGGCAAUCAGAAUGUCUAAAUUUACAAAGAAUGAUUCAUUUGCAAAGUAAAACGGUUGAAACUACAAUUAUUAACAAAGAGUGUAAGAAAACUGGCAAGAAAAUUUGAUGGUUGGGUUGGGCCUACCGUGUUUUCUAAUCUGUCUAUCAAGUAUCAACAUGAUUGUUUCCCACUCAAACUUGCCCAAACUUGUUUGUUUUUUCUACAGGAACAACACUGGAAUGCUGAAAAACAACUUAUUUUGAUUUCUCGAAUUAGGUUAUUAAAUAAUUUUCAAAUUUUAGUUAUAAUUUCAAUCUCUAAACUAAAACUAAAAAGCAAAGCGCAAAUAGGAAAUUUAGUAUUUUACCAAGAUGUUUUCACAAAUUAACACAAUUGCUUUCCCGAUGUACCUUAAACACUUAAACAUACUUUAGCAAUACAUUUGAAUAUUUACUCAU